CGAGGCGCGCCAGCUGCCGCACGUCAUGAUUCUACCCCAGGUGAGCGACGAUGUACCCAGAUACUACCACUACCACCCCGUCGUUAACAGGACGACCGCCGAGAAUCAGUAAUCUGACAGACGGGGAAGAAGAAGAUCUGCCUGAAGACGCUUUCUCGCUGCUGUCGGUGCUCCUAGUUGGAUUCCUCCUCGUGAUCCUGAUAUUCUUCUCCGUCGCCGGCAACGUCCUGGUGUGCGUCGCGAUCUACACCGACCGCGGGCUACGGAGGAUCGGCAACCUCUUCCUGGCCUCUCUGGCCGUCGCCGACCUCUUCGUCGGUGGGCUGGUGAUGACCUUUGCCGGAGUCAACGAUCUCCUCGGUUACUGGGUCUUCGGGCUGUGGUUCUGCGACAUCUGGAUCGCCUUCGAUGUUAUGUGCAGCACUGCCUCUAUCUUGAAUCUAUGCGCCAUAUCGCUCGAUCGUUACAUACACAUCAAGGAUCCUCUCAGAUACGGCCGUUGGGUAACCAGGAGAGUUGCCAUUGGCGGUAUCGUUGUUGUGUGGCUCCUUGCAGGACUCAUAUCCUUCGUACCGAUCAGUCUAGAUCUUCACAGAAAUGAAGAUACACCGAAAAGUUAUAACGAUGCAGUGGAGGAGCACCCUACGUGUUCCCUAGACAUUACACCCACCUAUGCGGUGGUGUCUUCGUGCAUAUCUUUCUACGUGCCCUGCAUCGUGAUGUUGGGUAUUUAUUGCAGGCUCUAUUGCUACGCGCAGAAACACGUGAAGAGCAUCCGAGCGGUGACGAAGCUGCCGGACACCUCGAUGGCCAAGAGUUUUCGCUCGAAGAGCAGUCGCUGCAAACCACCGAAGCCGCAGACGAAGACGAAGCCGACCAGUCCUUACCAUGUAUCCGACCACAAGGCCGCGAUCACCGUCGGCGUAAUCAUGGGCGUAUUCCUGGUGUGCUGGGUGCCCUUCUUUUGCGUCAACAUUGUCGCAGCCUAUUGCAAGACCUGCAUACCUCUCCGAGCGUUUCAGGUUCUCACGUGGCUCGGCUACAGUAACUCGGCCUUCAACCCGAUAAUCUACAGCAUCUUCAACACUGAAUUCCGGGAAGCGUUCAAGAGGAUCCUCACGAAGGGAGCGCGCGCGCGGGGCAACCAGCCUUCAACCAGCGAGUGCGGCGAGUUUCGUUCCGUGGUGGUUCAGAAACGCAACGGAUCCAUGGUCGAAUGCAACAUCAGCCCAAGAUCGAGCGCGGACAGCUGCCAGGUCGGCGUCAUGGCUCAACGACAUCGCGACACCAUCGUCAGCGCUAUAUAAACCGCGAGUCAACAGCUCUCGAUCAUCUCGAACGAUCUCUUUCCCGGAUCUCACUCGCCGCUUGCCUCCGGAGUCGUCGCGGUCGUUUCUCACCCCUUUCUCACUCAGUCGAUCUUGUCGAGGAAUCUGCGACACUAGGAUCUUUAGAAACAUCGACAUCGUCUGACGGAAAGUAAUAUGACGUGCGAAUUUACAUAUGCCACGUCCAAAGACACUUUUUCAUCAUAUCGAUCCUCUAUAAUCGCACGGGAGAGACAUAUCAAUUAUGAGUCGGCUUCAUUUCGACGUGUAAAAUUUCCCGAUUUUAUUUCUGUUUUCCGAAUUUAUUUGUUUAUUUUAAUUUGUCUCGAGUCCCCCACGCAUGCUGAGAGAAAAACCAUUGCCGCGAUUGCACGACUCCCAACGGGACGGUAAAUUAUCCCGUUUCGCGCAUGUGAACUUGCAUCGAUGUACAUAAAAUCUGCACACGAUGUUACUUGUAUGGAAGAACAAGCGGAUUUCAUUCUCGUGUGUGCUAAAGUUUAGUAUUUGCGCUCGCAAAUCCAGAUAAUCAAGUGAUUAAUCGUAUUAAUUAAUCAUGUUAAUUAAUCAUGUUGUUGCCAUGUUGAUUAAUGAUUAAUCAUAUUGCUAUCGUGUUGCCAACGAUGAUAUAUAAUCGUUGGCGACAUGACAGCAACCUCAUAGACGGCUAACUAUCUGGCAAGUAUUAAACGCUAAAUCUACCUGCUCGAGGAAGGACUUGCAACUGCAGUUACGACGUUAACAUUUCUCGCUAUACAAUCGCUCAUUUAAUAUAAAUGUAACCGAGGCCGCUGGGAUAAUAUUCGAUCAUAUUAAAUCUCUUCUCACGUAAUAUCAAUGUUCUAGUUAGCUAUCGGCACUUGGCUCGAGAAUUUAGAAAACCGUUGUUCGUCUCUCUUCGACAUCGGGUAUCGUAAAUGCAGGAGCAAUAUAAUAUCGAGAUAAUUGAUAUAAUAAAAAGAAUACUUCGUAUCUUUCGACUCUGUCAUCGUCAUCACCCUCGCGACUUGAAACGAAUUAAAAAUUACAAGUGACACGAAGGUGUUUUUUUUCAAACAAAUUAAAAAUUACGAGUGACACGAAGGUUUUUUUUCAAACAAAUUAAAAAUUACGAGUGACACGAAGGUUUUUUUUUCAAACAAAUUAAAAAUUACGAGUGACACGAAGAUUUUUUUUUUCAAACAAUCGAGGAGCAUCUUCUUAUCACGAACAAGGCUGUGUGAUGUGAUGUUCGAUGCAGGCGUAAGCGUGACAAUUCGCGAAGACGUAAUCAAUCAUUGUAAUUAAGACAAUCACUGAAACUUAUUUCGUGACAUAUCUAGAAAACCUGAUUCAUUGAAAUCGUAGUUUUCUUUUAUUAU